UCUUUCUUUCCCAUAAUGCUUUGUGGGGACGUUGACAAGUGGAUCCAAGAUGGCGUAGAAAGUAAUGACAGGAUUUUUGUCCCUGAGUCAUGGCAGACAGAAGACCUGAAAAAUCAUGUGAACAAGCAUGUGAAUCUCUUAAAAGGCAGGACUAUGAAGUGGCAGUGAGACAUUGCACAGAGGCCCUUCUUUCCCUUGGCCAGUGUUCCUUGGCAAACUUCACAGAGACAUGCCCAUCAGAAAUAGAACGCAUAAAAAUUGAGAGUCUUCUGUAUAGAAUUGCCUCAUUCUUACAACUUAAAAACUAUGGACAAGCUGAUGAAGACUGUAGGCAUGUGUUGGGAGAGGGAUUGGCCAAGGGAGAUGGCUCAUUUCGAGCAGUGCUUUGUUGCAUGCAUCUUAAAGGAAAACUCCAAGUUGUCUCUAAUGUUCUUUCCAAGUCACUGAUGGGAGAGUCUCUGAAUGGAAUGGCAACAAAAGAUUUGACAAGACUAAAGACACUUCUCAUUGAAACAGAGACAGCAACUAGCAAAGUCCCGUCUGAAUAUCAUGUGGAAGACUUAGAAGAAGGUUCUCGGAAUGGUUGGCAUUUCCGCCCUCCACCUAGAGGAAUCACCAGCAGUGAGGAGUAUACUUUGUGUAAAAGAUUUUUAGAGCAAGGAAUCUGUAGGUAUGGUGCUCAGUGUACAUCAGCCCAUUCCCAGGAAGAGCUAACUGAAUGGCAGAAAAGAUAUGCAUCAAGACUGAUAAAAUUGAAACAGCAGAAAGAAAGCAAACAGUUUUCUGGAAGUUACAUGGAAACCUUGAUAGAAAAAUGGAUGAAUUCACUGUCUCCUGAGAAAGUGCUUAGUGAAUGUGUAGAAGGUGUGUGGGUAGAGCAUAAUCCAGACCUAUCUCUUACUGUCACCACCAAAAAGUCUCAUCAGACAUGGACAUUUGCUCUCACUUGUAAGCCUGCAAGAAUGCUGUAUCGAGUAGCAUUGCUUUAUGAUGCUCAUCGUCCUCAUUUUAGUAUCAUUGGAAUAUCAGCUGGAGACAGUACUACUCAAGUAUCACAGGAAGUCCCAGAAAAUUGUCAAGAAUGGAUAGGAGGGACGAUGGCUCAAAAUGGAUUAGAUCAUUAUGUGUAUAAAGUUGGGAUAGCAUUUAACACGGAGAUAUUUGGAACUUUUCGCCAAACCGUAGUUUUUGACUUUGGAUUGGAACCAGUGCUCAUGCAAAGAGUGAUGAUUGAUGCUGCUUCUACAGAAGAUCUUGAAUACCUAAUGCAUGCAAGGCAACAACUACUAACGACAGCAAAGCGCUGGGAUUCCGCUUCUAAGACUAUUAUAGAUUUUGAGCCUAAUGAAACUACUGAUUUGGAGAAAAGCCUUCUUAUUAGAUACCAAAUUCCGCUCUCCGCUGAUCAGCUAUUUACACAAUCUGUUUUGGACAAAUCAUUGACAAAGACUAAUUAUCAGUCCCGGUUACAUGACUUGCUUUAUAUUGAGGAAAUAGCACAGUAUAAAGAAGUUAGCAAGUUUAACAUUAAAGUGCAAUUGCAGAUUGUAGCAAGCUUCAUGCUCACUGGGGUUUCUGGAGGUGCAAAGUAUGCUCAGAAUGGACAGCUUUUUGGUCGCUUUAAGCUCACUGAAACUCUUUCUGAAGACACUUUGGCUGGAAGACUGGUGAUGACCAAAGUCAAUGCUGUUUAUUUAUUACCAAUCACUAAAGAGAAAUUAGUACAGACCCAGGGAACCAAAGAGAAGGUUUAUGAAGCAGCUAUUGAAGAAAAAACAAAAGACUAUAUUUUCUUGAGGAUAUCCAGGGAAUGCUGUGAAGAACUUAAUCUUCGAGCUGAUUGUGAAAUGCAGGUUGAACUUCAGUUUCAAUUAAAUCGAUUACCACUCUGUGAAAUGCAUUAUGCUUUGGACAGGAUCAAAGACAACAGUAUUCUGUUUCCAGAUGUUAGCAUGACCCCCACCAUACCUUGGAGUCCUAACAGGCAAUGGGAUGAGCAGUUGGAUCCUCGACUAAAUGCAAAACAGAAAGAGGCUGUUCUGGCUAUUACCACCCCACUUUCAAUACAGCUGCCUCCUGUUCUUAUCAUUGGUCCCUAUGGGACAGGCAAAACCUUCACUCUAGCUCAGGCAGUCAAGCACAUACUCCAACAACAGGAUACUAGCAGGAUUCUCAUUUGCACCCAUUCUAAUAGCGCUGCUGAUCUCUACAUAAAGGAUUAUUUACAUCCAUAUGUAGAAGCAGGCAAUCCCCAGGCGAGACCUCUCAGGGUAUAUUUCAGAAAUCGCUGGGUAAAGACUGUCCACCCAGUUGUACAUCAGUACUGUUUGAUUUCAAGCACACAUUCCACCUUUCAGAUGCCACAGAAAGAAGACAUUCUUAAACAACGAGUAGUAGUUGUUACAUUGAAUACUUCACAGUACCUUUGUCAACUGGAUCUGGAACCUGGGUUUUUUACGCACAUUCUGUUGGAUGAAGCUGCACAGGCCAUGGAGUGUGAAACCAUUAUGCCUCUGGCAUUAGCAAAUCAAAACACACGGAUUGUUUUGGCUGGAGACCAUAUGCAACUCAGUCCUUUUGUCUACAGUGAGUUUGCCAGGGAGAGAAACCUUCAUGUUUCAUUACUGGAUCGGCUCUAUGAGCAUUAUCCUGCAGAGUUUCCAUGUCGUAUCUUACUGUGUGAGAACUAUCGUUCCCAUGAAGCUAUCAUCAAUUACACAUCUGAGCUUUUCUAUGAGGGGAAGCUGAUGGCAAGUGGAAAACAGCCGGCACACAAAGAUUUUUAUCCUUUAACCUUCUUUACAGCACGAGGGGAAGAUGUACAGGAAAAAAAUAGUACAGCUUUUUAUAAUAAUGCAGAGGUAUUUGAAGUAGUGGAACGUGUGGAAGAGUUAAGGAGAAAGUGGCCUGUAGCUUGGGGAAAGUUAGAUGAUGGAAGUAUAGGUGUGGUCACUCCUUAUGCUGAUCAGGUGUUCAGGAUCCGUGCAGAACUUCGAAAAAAGAGAUUAUCUGAUGUCAAUGUGGAAAGAGUGCUCAAUGUUCAGGGAAAGCAGUUUAGGGUUUUGUUUCUGAGUACAGUACGUACCCGGCACACUUGCAAACAUAAACAAACCCCAAUUAAAAGGAAAGAGCAACUAUUAGAAGAUUCAACAGAGGAUUUGGAUUAUGGUUUUUUGUCCAACUACAAACUUCUCAACACCGCCAUAACAAGAGCACAGUCCUUGGUAGCUGUGGUGGGUGAUCCUAUUGCAUUGUGCUCUAUUGGAAGAUGCAGGAAAUUUUGGGAGCGAUUUAUUGCCUUGUGUCAUGACAACAAAAGCCUACAUGGUAUCACUUUUGAACAGAUCAAAACUCAGUUAGAGGCUUUGGAGCUAAAGAAAACAUAUGUGUUGAAUCCACUUGCUCCUGAAUUUAUCCCUCGGGCUCUAAGACAGCAACAUUUGGGAAAUACCAGCAAACAGCAGCAAUCACCACCCAAGGGAAAAGGCCACCUUCAUAACCAGAACGAACAUUUCCAGAAUGAAGGAAUUGUUCAACCCAAUCCAUCAGUACUCAUCGGCAAUCCUAUUAGAGCAUAUACUCCUCCUUCCCCUCUUGGACCUCACCCAAAUGUGGGAAAGUCUCCUAGUCCUGUCCAAAGGAUAGAUCCUCACACUGGGACUAGUAUUCUUUAUGUACCUGCUGUCUAUGGAGGAAAUGUGGUUAUGUCUGUGCCUUUACCUGUACCAUGGACAGGGUACCAGGGUAGAUUUGCAGUUGACCCUCGAAUCAUUACACAUCAGGCAGCGAUGGCAUAUAAUAUGAACCUGUUGCAGACACAUGGACGGGGGUCUCCUAUACCAUAUGGCCUUGGACAUCAUUCACCAGUUAGUAUAGGGCAACAGCAAAUUCAGCAUCAGGAAAAGGAUCAACAUGAACAAAAUCGAAGUGGUAAAAGUGAUCCUAAUCCAGGACCUGACAUAAAUAAAAUUCGUACUCCGGAGAAAAAGCCUCUAGAAUCCAAACAGAAUGAUUUAGAUUCAAAUCCACAGAACCGAAGUCCAGAAGCUCGCCCUGGAGUUACUUAUCCUAAUUCCAAGUUUCAUCGCAAAGAUAAUCUCAACCCAAGACACCUAAAUCUUCAUCUUACUGCUCCCCACACACAGUAUGCAGUCCCUCAUCGCCACUAUCAGCACUUAUCCCAGCUACCAAGACAACCAUUUCCAGUUCAACAGCCCCCAAAUUUAAGUCAUCAGCAGAAUCAUUUCCCUGAGCAACCGACUCAAAUACCACCUCAACCAAACCAAGCAGUCCAGCAGCAUAACCACUUGAAUCAACAAACUCAGCAGCAGCCCUCUCAACUUUCUCCUACGUAUCAAGCAGGCCCCAACCAUUCCUUCUUUAAUAACGCAGUCUCUCAUCGACCACAUUCUCCAGCGGUAGAUACAGUGAUAUCUGAACAGCACCCUCCUCCUAUGCUGCAAGAAGUUAACCCUCUGAGAUCCAUUGCACAACACAACCCAAUAAUUCCUCCCUCUCACUUGAAUAAUUUCAUUGAAGAAAAUCCUCCAGGAUUACCACUAGGAGAAGCUUUAGAACGUAUGCAUGGAAAUGUGGCCUUAGAAACAUUAAGGCAACAGCAAGCAAGAAUGCAGCAGUGGAGUGAGCAUAAUGCCUAUCUCAGUCAAGGCAGUCUUCCAUAUCCUCAUUAUCACCACCCUCACCUGCAGCAUCUUCCCCAGCAACCAGCAGGAUUACAUCAACAACCAGUUAGGGCAAACUGGAAACUUGCCAGUAAUGUAGAAGAUGAAGCAGAAGCAACACAUUCAAGGUUUCAAGACUUACUCAGAGAGCUGGCUCAUCAUGAUCAAAGUGAAUCUCGGGAGCUAACUGAAAUGCCACCACCUCAGUCAAGACUUUUGCAAUACAGACAAGUUCAAACUAGAAGCCCACCAGCAAACACUUCUUCAUCGAAUUCAAACCAUAGUGGCCACUUUUCUAACUUCAGCGACAACAUCAGAGACAUUGAAAUGGCCAACAAUCCAGCAUUUCAGCAGCGUCUGCCACCCCAAAUAUAUAAUCCCCCAUUCUCAAUACCAUCUGAAAAUCUUACCCCUCCUCCCUUGAAAUACCUGCCACCUGAUGGAUCCUGGACCUUUGCUAAUUUACAUCAAAAUCACUUAAUGGGACAGGGCUUUCACUAUGGCCUACCACCAUUACCACACAGACCACAACAGAACCCUUUUAUACAAAUUCAGAAUCAACAUGUGGUUGGUCAGGAGCCAUUUCACCCACUGUCAUCUCGUGUGAUAUCUGCUUCUUCGCUCCACAGCUUAGAAGAGUAUGAACCACGAGGACCAGGCAGGCCAUUGUACCAAAGAAGAAUUUCAUCUAGUUCAGUACCGCCUUGUUCUGAAGAGUUAAAUACUCAAGACAGUCUUGCUCAGUGUAAAGAGCAUCAGGACCAUAAUAACCAAUCUUCUUUCAACUAUUCGUCACCGGAGUUGUGGGUAAACACCACCUCAUCUGCUCCACAUCAGAACAUUCCAUGCAAUGGAUCCAGCAGAACAGCCCCACCCAGAGAAUUGUUAGCUCCAUCAAAGCCCUUGAAAUCCUCUGAGGAUCAUCUGAAAUCUGAAAACCUUCAGCUGUCCAAUUCCUUCAACUACAGCAUGUUGCAGCAUUUAGGCCAGUUCCCACCCCUCAUGCCCAACAAGCAGAUUGUGGAAUCAAAUAGCAACAGCCAGCCAAAUUCUGGGGGGAACAAACCUACUAUGUCCUACGCAAGUGCUCUACGGGCACCUCCAAAGCCCAAACCUCCACCUGAACAGACGAAAAAGAAGAGUGACCCUUUGUCUCUGUUUCAGGAACUUAGCUUAGGUAGUUCAUCAGGUAGCAAUGGCUUUUAUUCCUAUUUUAAAUAAUCAGUUUUUUAAAAGAGAGAAUCUGUUUCCUUUUUUGUUUGUGUCAAUAGGAUUAAUAUAGUUGGGCUUCACCUGUAGUUGCAACUAUUCCUUUGUUUAUAUUAGUAAAUAUAUCUUGACUUAAUGCUUUUGCUGCUAGACUUGAAACUAAUUUUUUAACUUUAUCCCAUUAUUUUGCAUUUUCAAUGUGGGUCAGAAUUUUGACAGCUUUUAUGUAGAACAACAAAUAUUUUUAAAUUUGUGUAAUGUUACAUAUAUGUUGCAUUAAGCUAGCAGCUAAAAGGUUAAUUGUGCAACUAUAAAAAAAGAAAAAAAUUAUCUAAAUUGUAUUUAAAAAGAAAAAAAAAAUUGUAAGUAGCAUUUGCAUUUAUUCAAUAACAUUAGUAUACAAUGCUGGGUUUCUGUACCAGAAAUGGCCAGUUGAUGUACAAAUGUAUGUUAUUUUUGCUUAAAUUCAUUUUAAUUUUUUUAAAUAAAGGGGCAGCAUCUUCUAAAUACUUUCAGUUUUAUCAGUUUUUUUGUGAAAGGAUGCUGCAUUCUAAGACUUUUAUAGUUUUAGAUUCUGUAUGAUGUGGUAUUGUAAUCUCCAUCCACUGUAGGAUAGAGUUAAAAGUAUUCUUUGCAGACACAUUGAGUAUACCACUGUUUUUUAAAUAUGCAAAAAAGCAUUGGUGUACUUAAUGCCCUCUUUUAUUUUUGGACAAGCUACUAUUUCAGGCUUGUUUUUAAUGUUAAUUUGAUAGAUUUUUAAAAAUGAAUCAUGAAGCUGAAAAUAAUUUUUAGGUAUUGGUGCUUAGUAGAAUUAAUAAUUAUUUUAAAAAGAAAAACUGUGUGAGCUUAGAAAAAUACGUGGGUCUUUCCCCCCACUCUGCUUGUAUAAAUGUUUGUAAUUUGGCUUCCCCCUUUCCCCUUCCCAGUGGUAUAAAGAGUUAUGCCACUUUGGUUUUUUUUUUUCUUCUCCAGUGAAAUUUUUGGUACAUUAUUUGAUGUUUACAUUAAAAUUUGACAUUAUACAUAGAAAUUCAAAUAUUUGCUAACUAUUUUGUUUGAGGAACAUCAUUGAAGAAGAGGUAUAAUGUUUGCCAAAGUUGUAUCCAAAUUUGGCUAAAUCUUCAUUAUGACAGAAAAUAAUCCUUGUGUUUUCAUGUGAAUUAGUUACUCAUAAACACUCCAUGGAUUUAUCCUUAAAGAUAAAAUUGAAAUCGAUAUCUUAAGUAUUUCACAGCCUAUAAAAUAUUUUAAAUGAACUUUGGACAAAAUCCUAAGAAAAGUUUAACCUUUAGAAAUUGUGGUCUUGUACCCUGUCCACCCUUUAAAAGUGAUGCCCUAAAUUUUAAUGUUUUUUGUCUAAGAAGAUGAGAAUGGGAAGUAUUGCAAGUCAGCUCAGCCCACUUGGCAAACUAUUCAAAAAUCAUUUGCUUAUCCAAGGACUGUUUUUGAAUUGACAAUCCUUUGUUAUAGAAACACAUUUAUGAAGUUGAAUUGGGAAGAAGCAAGGGUCGAAAUAAUUUCUCUCCUUUGAUUUCUCUCAUUUGAGUGGACUUGAGUUUAACUAAAAGUCUAUGUGAUCUCUGCCUAUUUUUAGAAUUGGAGAGUUCCUUUGGUUGAAAGUCAGUAAGCUACCGAAAAAGUGAGCAGUGAGUACAGUUUCACCUUACAAAUAAUGGGUAACCAACUCAUACUCAGUGGCCUGCACAAUUUUGAAGGAUUGGUAUAAAUCACAUUUGGAAUAGCAGGCCAAUGAGGUACAACACAUUUUCCAUUUAUGAGCCAAACUGAGCAGACAUAGCCAUAUAAUUUAUUUCUUAUGAACAAUAAUGUAACCAAAAGUAAAAGAAUAAAAACAGCCCUUUUCAAAUAUGAUGAGCAUUUCCAAAAUAUAAUAAGAAUUUUAAAAUGUGGAAUUUUUAUGUUCCUGGUCUGCAGUUAUUUGUGAAUGUGAAUUUUCUAGCCUGUGAUGAUGUCCUUAUAAAAUGUGCAAGACUACAAUGCGUUAGAUUUCAAAUGCAUUUCCGUAAUACUAAGAUAGCACUGUAACUUCAGGGUUUUCAGCUCUUGGAGUAAUCUCUUUAUUCUGUUUACCAUACUUGAACAUUAAAAAGAAUCAGUUGCUAAUUUUUGUUUAUUUGUGACUUAGUUUAACUAGUUCCCUGGAAGAGACCACAUGCAUGUCCUACCAACUUAUGCAAAUAUACUGAUAAUCAAAGCUUGUGAUAAAGAAGCUAUUGUAAAAGUUGAGGUGACAGAUCCAUUCAAAGUGCUAUUUCAGAAAUUUUGCAGUAUGUAUGUAUAUAUGUGUGUAUAUACAUAUAUAUACACAUAUGUGUGUAUGUAUCUAAAGCACAUUUAAUACAAUAUUCCAGCAGUGCAAA